GUAGAUCAAGUGGAAAUUUUUGUCUUCGCGUUAUUUCAAGUAUAUCAAUUUGUAGAUUUGCGUAUGGAUGUGAAACGAGUAUAUUAUUGAUGUACUAUUACAACCUACUCAUGGAUUGAAUGACAUAUUUAUUAUUGGAGACUAAAAUGGAGUUAUUACUCUUCGCUUUACUUCAACUAUCAAUUUUGAGAAUUUCUUAUGGAUGUGAAUGUGAAAGCCACAUAUUAGAAGCCGGAAGAGUUCAACUCAACAUCACGCCACCCAACGUUGUGGUUGGUGGAGAAACUUGUCUUUGCUGUGACCAUGGUGACGCAGACGGGACAGUUAAAUUCUUUUUGGGAGACACACAGAUUUGUAAAAUAGUCAACGGUAAUAAAUUGUUAUGGAAAAGAGAUAAAUCUGUGUGUUAUGUGACAGCAAAUGGCGGUAUAUUACAUAUUAAAAAUGUUGAUAUGGCAUAUCAAGGUAUAUGGACAUGUGGUAGUUUUAGACACACUAGCACACAGUCUAGAUUAGUUGUCACAGAUACCACAGUGCCAGCAAGUACAAACGCAACGAAGAGAUUCAUAACCCCAAAUACAACCACAGUGCCAUUAACAACGCUAUCAAAAACUACUACAAAACAAACAACUACUACUACAGAACGAACAACAACCAUACAACGAACAAUAAAAUCCUCACCAAAACCAGUAACAUCAAAAUCAACGCAUAAUGAUGAAUUGUAUAAAACAACCAUGGCUGUUCCAGACAGUUCAACAACAGAAGCCAAUAAUAAUCAUUGGCUACAACAACCACUGAAAGAAUUAAUUCCCUAUAUAAUGGCAGUUAUAGUUAUCCUGUUGGUCACACUGAUUAUAAUAAAAUUGGUUUCUAUGUCCAACAAAAGAAAGUUUGAUAAAUAUGGUAAUAAGAAAUCCCUGAACGCAAGACAUCACAUAUACGAUAACAUUGAUGACCGGAAUAUACCACCUAUACUGCCCCCUCCCAGGAAUGACCUUCAAGGUGCCAUCGAUGAUAUCAGUGCCACAGAGAAAACAUAUUAUCUAACCCCAGUAAGGCCGGUUAAUCUGGAACACAAAAACGUAACGCCCGAGACAACAGAGAUGGGGGAAGUACCACUUGUAGAAACUUCAUACACAAAACCUAUUCCGUUAGAAAACAAUACAUCCUAUUUAACGCUAAGUACAAUUGUAAAUAAGCCUACUAUGUUGUCUGAUGGGGAAAAUAAACAAUCUGAGAUAUGCAGAAAAGAAAAUGUUUCGGGAAAUACGACCUCCAUGAAACUGGACGAAACAGAUUUCAAACCCUCUGUAUAUACAAAUAUGAAUGCCGUGGAUAUUAAAAAUGGUAUUAGAUUGAACGACAUUGCCAAAACAGAAACGCCACCUACUACAGAAAACAAAUACACACUAUUUCCUGAAGAAACUUCUACUUAUUUAACACCUGUACAUGCAAGUUCGGGCAUAACAGCAGGCGAGAACAUCAAAACUGAAAAUACUUUGGUAACAGAAAAUGAAUAUGCGACCACUGAGAAUCCCGAUGAAAAGUCCACUAAACGAACACCCAUUAUUUACACAAAGAAUAAAUUCUCAAUCCCCGUCGUAGCAAAAAUACAGGACGAAAUACCAAAGGGAAACGUAUACACAGUAAAUCGGGAUACUCGAAUGUCGGCGGUAUUCUGAAAUUUACGAAUGAACAUUUUGGUAAUUCUUUGGGUUAGCCAAUACUGACGAUAUGUGAAUGCAAGUUGCAUUUGAAGCAGCGUACUGACUGUAUGGGUGUCAGCUAGUAAAUGAGGACAUUUUUUUUAUAUAAUUGAUUUUUCUUUCCAUUAACAGGUUUACAAUUGAUAUAAUCUCGAAUAAAGAUGACGUAUAGAGGUCCUUGAGGUUUAACUAUACAACAUGUAUAUGAAAUUUAAUAUUUUCCCUGUAAGGAGAAAUAUUGUCCUACUUCUAUUUUUGUUAUAGACAAUGCUUACUGCUUCAAGAAUUUAAUUUUUUCCCCCAAAAUAUAUUUAAUUUUGUUCUUGUUAUCGUUAUUUGAAUCGUAUGUACAGGUGUAAAGAAUAAUUCACGGACUGAUUUUAUGUUACUGCUGUAUUGCUAUAUAUUGAUUUAUUUCAGAUUAUUAUUUUGAAAUAUUAUUCUUCUCUAUUCACUUAUACUUUAUACGCCCACAUUUUCAUGUGGACGUAUAUUUUCGUCGCCCCUGUCCGUUUGGACGUGCACAAUUGUUUGUGGACACCCUACAUGUCACAAUUCUUAUCCGAUUUUGACGAAACUUGAAAUAUAGGUUUAUCUCCAAAAGAUCUCGGUUGCUGUCGAUAUUGGAAUGUAUCGGAUCGAAACUUCACGGAUUAUGGCCCAUGAUUGCACGAAAAAUCACGUUUUUAGCCUGUCGACCCUAUAGGUCACAAUUUUAAACCGAUUUUGAUGAAACUUGAAAUGCAAGUUUAUAACCCAAACAUCUUGGAUCCUUUCGAUACUUGCGCAUAUCUGAUCCUAACUUCUUGAAUUGUGGCCCCUGAUUGUACGACAAAUCACCUUUUUUUUUAGCUUGUGGUCUCUCUGGAGGUCACAAUUAUUAUCCAAUCUAAAAAACCGUUUGAUUAUAUCACCGUUACACCACCGUAAUGCAGGUCGAGUUCGAAUUUUGUGAAAAUCGGACCAAAACUGCCGGACAAAAUGGCCGCCCCUUGUACGCAAAUAGUGUAAAAUAUGGUAUAUCAAGGUUGUGGACCCUCUGGAGGUCACAAUUUUCAUCCGAUUUGGAAUGUAUGUUUAUAUCCCACAGAUCUUGGUUCCUGUCGAUAUUCGCGCAUUUCGGAUUGUAACUUCCUGAAUUAUGGCCCCUGAUUUUACGAAAAAUCACUCUUUUAGCUUGUGGAUUCUCUAGAGGUUACAAUAUUUUUCGGAUUUUAAAAACCGUUUAGACAUAUCACCAUUCCAUCAUAAUGAAGGUUGAAUUGGAAUUUCGGGAAAUUCGAAAUGAAACUGCUCGACAAAAUGGCCGCUCUUUGUAUGCAAAUUGUGCAUUAAGUAUGUAAUACAAAGGUUAUGGACCCUCUAGAGGUCACAAUGUUUAUCCAAAUCAUAUCUUUAUAUUCCAAAAAUCUCAGAUACUUUUUGAUAUUUGCGCAUUUCAGGCCAUAACUUUCUGGAUUAUGGCCCCUGAUUGUACAAAAAAUCGUUUUUGUUUUUAGCUUGUUUUCUAUCCAUCUCUUGCAAAAUGUGGGUGUAUCCUGCCUGACAGCCGCUGGUUAAAACUGCUUGCUUGUUUUGUGAAAAGUUUUAUCAGUCACUAUACAUAAUUUUAUAAAAAAAUUUAAUGUUGGUUUCUGUUUCACUUGAUAAUGUGACGAUGUAGAUAGGUUGCUGUUAAAUAUUGUGCUGAUUUAUAUUCAAUAUUCUGGUAAAUAACCACCCUCUUCAAUGUCUGUAUAUACUUAUUGCAUCGCUAUUAUUUUAAGACAGUGUUUUGAAACUGUUUAUUGGUCGUAAUAUAAAUACCCCUUUAAUAAAAUUAUUAGUAAUACCA